AUGACCACGCCUUCAGCUGCAGCGCGAGUGUUCGCGAUUCCCGAGCUUCUCGAGCACAUCAUUCUUCAAGUCAUGCGCAGUCCAGAUUAUCCAUGCGCACGCUAUGCGGAUCCUUUGCUGGAGCGCGACCGCCAAAACUACAUUAUGGAUUCGUUCGCCCUCAAGAGAGUCAGCCGCGACUUCAACCAAGUCAUCAUCGGCUCCAGCAAGAUCCGAGAUGAAAUUCUCACACAACGCUUUCCUGGGCUCGUCUCUCCAAUCAAAACUCCACUGGAUAGAAUCUGGUGGCUCGACGUCGUAGGUGGCCUGAUCGGCUCAAUCAACACGAAGUACAACGAGGUAGAAAUUCAUGGUUCGGAUUGCGACAAUAGGAGACGCGAUGCAAUCUCGGUCCACGGUGAAGCAUCAUGGCGACAAGUCACAUGCCUUCCAAAGGGCGUCGCCUCACAUGAGAUUUUACUUGUGGAGAGUGAAUUCUGCAGUUCCGGGGCUCUAAGAUCAAAGCAGGUACAGAUCAAUGAGCACUACACUCUAGGAGAGCUCUACGAGGAGAUGAUCGCGAUUGGAGGCAAAUGA